GGCAGGCUGAUGGAUGGAGAGGGAGAUCAGAGGGAUCAGCAUGAGGAGCGCUUAAGGGAAGUGUUUCAGAGUUUCGAUGGGAGCGGUGCUGGUUCACUAAGCCCCGAGGAACUAACAGAGCUCUGUCACGCCUUACAGCUGGCUGACCAAGCUCUACACACACUGCUAGAAACACUAUUCCAGACAGAGGACCAAAUAAACACAAGGGUUGAAUUUGAGCAAUUUAAGGAUGCUUUGAUUCUAGUGCUUUCCUCCAAUGAAGAGACACUAGCUAAAGAAAACCCUCCUCGACCAGAGGUGCAGCCUCGCUUUGUAAAGGGCACUAAGCGUUAUGGUCGUCGGUCCACACCAGAGUUCACACACUCCAACUCUGAUCUUGAACACACACCGUCGGUCGAAAGAGAGGAGGAGGAUGCCACAAGGACCAGUGAUGGGACAUUGCCUGUUAAGCGUGAGCGCUGGAACGCUGACGUGAGCAGUGCAGAGGAGUAUGAAGCAGAGGGUCAGCUGCACCUGUGGAACCCAGAUGAGCCGGGUACUCCACGGGGUAGCAUGGCACCUCUCAGUGACCUGGAGGAGAGACUGUACAGUGCCUGCCAGCAGCUCUCACUGCCCCUGCAUGGCACAGCUACCCUACAACAACUACGCACACUCUGCCAGCACCUUGACUUGGAGGUAGGAGAGGAAGUCUUCCAGUCUGCCCAUGAGAAGAAUGUGAGUGUGUUGGAGUUUGUAUCUUGCAUCCAAACCGACAGCAAACCACCUACUCCUUCUGCCUCAACCCCUUACAGACAGUUAAAGAGACAUCACUCUACACAGCCAUUUGAUGAGAUGGGUCGCAGGAUUUCAACUGCGAUGAGCAGUACAAUCGGACUGCGCCUGUUUUCUGAAUUAGAUGAUGGAACAGGACACACUGCAGUUGAGCUACUUCUGGAUGCCUGGCUAGAAGACGGUGUACAGAACAGCUCUGAAAUCCUGCAGGCUCUAGAUUUCAAUCUGGAAAGAAAGGUGAAUCUGAGUGAACUGACUGCAGCUCUAGAGAACGAGCUUAUGGUUACGAAGAACUCCAUCCACCAAGCAGCACUAGCGAGCUUUAAGGCUGAGAUCAGAUACCUCCUUGAGCGUGUGGAUCUGGAGCUCAGGGAGAAAGAGAAGCUUCACUCUGAUUUGGAAAAAGCAGAGAAGCUGAAGUCCCAGCUGGCCUCUGAGGUGGAUGAGCAUCACUCCACUAUCGAACGCAACAACAAUCUUAACCUGCGGAAGUUGGAGCAGGAGCAUAAGGAUCGUAUGGUGGCUCUGAAGGCAGAGCUGAGCAAAGAGGUGGAGCUUGUACAGCAACAGGCCAGUCAGCAGAGGGAAGAGCUUGAACUGGAAAUCAGUAGGGUCAGAGAAGAUGAAACCUUCCUCAGAGAGCGUCUCACACUGACUCUUAAGGAAAAUGGCCGAUUGGAGGCAGAGCUGCUGGACAGCACAGAGCGCCUGAUGGAAGUGGAGGCCCAGCUUAAUAAACUCCAAAAGAACUUGGACAAUGUUCUAAGGGAGAAGUUUGGUGAUUUGGACCUGGGCAAUGCUGAGUUCUAUCAGCAGGAGGAACGUCUCAGGCAACUGCGCAACAGUUACGAGGAGCAGUGUCGGGAACUACAGGAUCGUAUAGAUGAGCUGCAGGCUCAGUUAGAGGACUUUCGUUCUGUAAGCCGUGCCCCGCAGACCUCCCUCAUGCCCUCUCUGUCUGAUGAGCUGGACAGCAAGAGUCCAGGCAUGGAGUCGGACCAAGGCCUAGGUUCUGAAGAAGGGCAGCCCUUUAACCUGAGCCUGGAGGCAGAGAUGAUGCUGGAGCAAUUGAAAGAGCAACACAUCAGAGAGUUGGAAGACAUCAGAGAACAGUUAGAUUCCACGGUGAACAAGUGUGAACACAGGCUCGAAGAACAAAAGACUUCUUUUGAGGAGGAGAGGAGUCUUCUCUCCUUACAGCACCAACAGGAGGUGAAGGCUAUAAGAGAAGAAUUGAACAAAGCACUAGAGCGAGCUCGAGAUUUGCAAGAGCGAUUGGAGCAGGAGAGAUGCAGCAUGGAGGCUCAGCAGAGUGUUGAGCGUGCUGAGCUACAUGCUGUUUACCAGCAGCAGGUUGAUUCUCUCAGCCAGGAGGUGCAGGAUGCCAGGAUCCAGGCAUUGAAGCUGGAGGAGCAGCUCAAGCUACUGGAGGAGCAAGAGGAGAGCAGCGUGAGGGACAAAGAAGAGCUGAGCAAGGCUCAUGCAGAGGAGCUUAGCCGAAUGGAACUGCACUACACGGAGACACUCAAGGCCAGCCUGCAGAAGCAGAAGGGGGAAGCAGAGAACACACUCACAGAGGAGUUGAAGAAAGAAAGACGGCAUCUGGAAGAAGUUCAUGAGGAGGUGCUGAGGGUUCAAUUAGAAGAGGUGCAACAGAGAGCUGAGCAAGAGCGAGUCGAAUUAGAGAGGAGGCUCAGGGAAGAGUGGGAGUGUGAUAAGCAGCAACUAGAAGAGAGCAAUAGGAAAAAACUUCAGGAGGAGCUGGAUCUUAUGCAAAGUGAGCAGGAGGAAAGCAGUAAGAGGUUCAGAGCGCAGUGGGAAAAGGAGCACAUGCUUCUACAAGAGCAACAUCAUACUGAGCUGCAGAAGUGUUUACAGCAGGAAAGAGAGCGACUGCAGGUGCAGGAGGAAGACAAGGAGCGUAGAAUGAUAGAGGAGUGGGAAAAAGAGCGAGUUCAAUUACAUGAGCAGCAUGAGGGGGUUCUGCAGGCCAGGUUAGAGGAGCAGAGAGCACAGUUCCAGGCACAGGGAAAGGAGCAAGAACGGACGUGGCAGAAAAUGCUGGAAGAACACCGGGUCCAAAUGGAACAUGCACACCGGGAGGCUAUGGAGGAGCUGAGUGUAAAACAUAGUGAAGAGAGAGAGAUGCUGAGCUGCAUGCUGGAGAAACUACAUGCAGACAUUGCCAAAGAGAGGAAAGAGCCAGAGAUCCAUUUUGCUCAGAGAAUCCGUCAAGUAGAGGGCAGUUUCUCUGGUGACCUGGAAGUGGUGAUGAAGCAUAUUCAGACAGAUGCAUGUAACCUGGAACAUCACUACCAGAGGAAAGUGAUGGCAUUUUCCCAGCACCAUGUUGCAGAUUGUGUGCAAUGGGAGGCAAAGCUGGAAACUGCCACCCAGGAGGCAGAGCAGCAAAGGAAAUUCCUGCAGGAGUCAGAAAAGGAGGCCAUAGUUACAGAGCUCACACAAAAGCCAAAGAGGCUGGAACAUAGCCAUAUAGUAGAUAUGGAUGCCAUCCUACAGCUUCAGAGCAAACCGGAGAAUAUUGUUAGCAUGGCUCAAAUUGAAGAGACUGUGUUUAGCUGUGAAUUAAAUGAGUUGCAUGACAGACUGAAGGAGAAUCUAAAAGACAAAGAUACUUUGCUGUUACAGACAGAAAACAAAGCUGCAAAACUUGAAUUAUUGCUUAGGCAGGCUGUGGAUGACUUUAGGAGACAGCAUGAUGAGAUCUUGCCAUUUAUUGAGAAACAGCAGCAAGAAAGGUGUGACUUGGUCAAAAGAUUCAGAAGAAAGAUUCAGGACAUGGAAUGUCUUUUCCGCCAGGCUAUGGAAGACUUUCACAAUGAAUAUCUAGAGCUGCAGGGGACUGUGGUUGAGCUUGAAGAGAAACUGAAGAACAGCAUCUCCAUAGCAUUGAAACAAGAAGAACAGUGUGUGGCACUUUUUGCGGAAAGAGACAACCUGGCACUUAAAGCUCAGCAGGUGGAGUCAUGUGCCAGAGACUCCAUUACAGGUCAAACCAUGAGUGAUCAAAUUAUUCAGGAUCUCUCUCUGCCUGAUUUCCCUAUAGAGUUUGUGAUUCAGCCCCAAGAUAAUGUGAUGGCAGAGCAUCCAAGAGGCUUUAGAGCUCUAGUGAAAGAGAAUUCACCCAUAGCACAGCAUGAGAAAUUUAAAAGACCAUUUCCACAAGAGGAAGAUGCAGGAGACUUUGAGAAUCCAGAGCAUGCAAAUGCACAGAUGUUAAAAAUGAUCUUUGGUGAGAAUCUAUCCUGUACAGGAGGUAAUAAAACAGGAGACACUCAAAUGGUGAAGGAUGACCACUUUACUGAUACUGAUACUUCCAGUACUGAGGAGACCGAUGACCCUUACAGCUAUGAGCCACUGUUUGUUGAUAUUGCAGAAAAAACAGAGAGUACAACCAAGAAUACUGCAAGUUUUGAUUUUGACACAUUGGGUGUCACCAGUACUGAAGGAAGCACAGAAAUUGGCAGGUUUGUGGACUCUAGUGUUAGCACUAGAUCUUGUAUUGAAGAAACCAAAUCUUUAGUUGGUGGAGAAUUAUGUGAGAAUUCUGCUGAAACAAGUAACAAGACAUUUGAAUUUAAAAUCAACAACAUUAUGACUGAGGAUACAGUGUGGCCACAAGGUGCAGAGGUCUGUAAUUUCACUGAUUCUGAAAAAGCGGCAGUAGCUCCAGGGAAUAACAGGGAACAUCAUGAAGGUACACAAAAUGGUGAAUUGUACAGUGGUAAGUUCUACAAAGAUACUGUUGCGAUGGCAGAUGAAGAGGUUCCAAGGUGGAGCAGUGAUUAUUUUAAUCCUAUGCGAAUGUUGGUAAAAAAUGGUACAAUUUGCAUAAGCACAGACACGGUUCAACAUGAUUCUGACACAGCUAGAGGAAUCAAAGGUGCCAAUAUUUCCAAAAACACCACAGACCCAAACCAGUUUGUGGUCAGAAUUACUCAAGCUGAUGUUUCGUAUCAUGAGGAGCCAGGUCUUGAGAUGCGAGAAAGGAUUGAAGAGGAUACCACCACCAUUGUUGAGACUGGUUACAGCUGUACUACCACUUCCCAACACCAGGUUCUAGCCAUUGAACCCAUGCUACAAAAAGAGCAAGAAGAAACUGAACUUGGUGAAUAUUUGCGUGCUAUAGAAAUUUUGGAGUUACAAGUGAUAGCAGUGCAGUUCAAAUACCAAAGUCAUCUUUUGGAGCUGCUUCAGGAACAGUACAAAAGCACAGUGAAGCAAAAUCUCUCCCUGCAGAACCAGCUGGUUAACAUGCAGCAGUGCAAUGACGAGCUAGAGCUGAUGCUGGAUCUGAAUAAAGGCAAGCUCCUCACCAGUCAGACAGUCCUGGAGGAGAUUCAUGACCUUAGGAUGGACCUGAAUGCUUUGGCAGGCUAUGCUAUAGAAUUGGAAAUAAAAGUAUUGGAGUUUGUUGAGCUCCAGGCACAAUAUGAAAAAUGUGUCUAUGAAAAUGUGCAGUUGGCACAGCAGAAAAUGAAACUGGAGAGAAGAGUGGAACACCUGGAGAGCAAGAUUCACACUGUCCAAGAGUUCCAGGAGCAACAAUCAGGCCUGCUGAAGCACUUUAUUAACAUGCAUAAAGAGAAUGCAAGGCUGAGCAUGGCGGUUCAUGAUCAGGAACACUUGGAUAAGAUGCUUCUGACACUGCACAAAGAGGCUGAAUCUAUAUCUGUAGACUCCUCAGAUGACUCCUUUAAGGACCUCAGCUUCCAGCUAGGGAUGAAGGUCUUUACGUUGUGUGAACAGGGAGACUUGGAGUUUGAGAAACAGAACCCUUGUAUGCAAUCUGCAGUUACUCACUUGCAGGAGAAGUUCCUAAGGAUCAACAAGAAGAUACAGGAACAUAGGAAUGAAGCUGGACGUCUUGCUGAGGAAAACCUCCUACUGAAACAGAGUAUCUCAGAACUGAGAGAAGACGACCUGAAAGAGAAGCAACAGGAACUGCUCCUUAAAGUGGAGCACUUCCGAAAGGAGAAAAACGCUGCUCAGAAGAUGGCUGACGGUCUGAAGAGGCAGAUUUCUGAGCUGCGUCGUCGUAGGAAGCAGCUAGAGCAGGAGAACAAUGCUUUGUCGCAGCAGAAUGCCAAGCAUGUACUCAGUGUUGACGCACUUCAGCAUAAUCUUGAGGAAGUGAUGCUCCAUCAUGGAAAUGGUUCCUUCAAUGAAAGGAGUGAGAUAGAGGAAGGAGAUUUUGCAGCAUCUCAUAGCAAAACUGAAAAGCUGGAAGAGGAGAAGAAGCUUUUACGAGCAGAACUGAACCACUGUGUGGAAAAGAUGGCUCAGCUUCGUUCAGCUGAAACUCAGCUGGCUCAAGUCUUGCAAGAGAGACAGAUGGCCGACAAACAUAACCAAGCAUUACGUACACAAAUGAUCAAGGCGCAGGAGAAGGUCCAAGCAGUGAAUUUUACACUGCAAGAGCUGACUCAGCAGAACUCGCGUCUGAAAUCAGACCUGCGUAUCACGCAACAAGAGCGAGACACUCUCAAACAGGAAGUGAUCUCACUGCAUAAACAGCUGCAGAAUGCCAAUGAAAAGUGUCGUCCGGCGGAGAUGUCUGUAUCUGGUAUCCCAGGCAGCUCACACCAGGGGAAGCGAGUGUGGCCGGAGCUGUCUAGGUUGAUGGAGGCAGAGCUGAAUUUGCUGCGUGAAGAAAAUCAGAGACUACAGCGAGAGAUCAGUGAUGCAAGACUAGAGCUCAGCUCUGCACAUGAGAAGACUCGUCAGUUGGAGGCGCUGGUGUUGAGUGUGAAACAGCAGAAGCUGCAGAACCAGGCACGCUUGGCCAAGACAGCUGAGCAGGAGAGAUCAGCUCUGAGACGAGAGAUAGAGGCUCUGCAUACACAGCUACACAAUAAGUCGUGUGACAGUAAGGAAGAGCAGAGAGAAUUUGAGAAGCUUCAUGAAGAGAAUGAGAGACUGAGGAACAAACAGACAAUAAUAGAGGCACAACUGAUGGAGGCUCAGCUUUUAGCCAUGUUGCCACCAUCACCACUGCGAAUGUCAGCGGAGCGGCGUGGUCAGCCCCGUGGAGAUGACAUGAACCCAGAUAUUAAUAAAGAAAAGGAAAUGGCGCUGUUAAAGAUGGAGGAGAGGAUGAAGGAGGUGGAGCUCACACUCCGAAAUGUCAAACUAUUGUUGCAGGAGAAGGUUUCCCAGCUGAAGGAACAGAUGAAUAAGAACAGUAAAGCAGACGUGUUGAUCAAGGAUCUUUAUGUGGAGAAUGCACACCUUUUGAAGGCUCUGGAAGUGAGUGAGCAGAGGCAGAAGGUGACAGAAAAGAAGAAUUACCUCCUGGAGGAGAAAAUCUCCAGCCUCAAUAAGAUCGUUCGUGAGCUCAGUCCCUCGCCACUAAUGCCUGUGCCGUACCACGUGACCCGCUCCUGAAAACCCAUUUCAUAGUUUUUAAUAUAUUUUUCUGUGCUAUUUAUUUGUUUUUAUUUUAAGACAUUAGAGGUCAUGUUUUUCCAAAUGAAGCCAUCAAUCUUUCUUGACAUAAAUACUACCAAAAAGCACACAGAGGAAAGACACUCUGUCUGAGUAUUCAGAUUGUCUGGUUAGACCUUUCUGGUGCAUAUGCUGGGAAAAAAUACCUAAAUGUAUUAAAUCUGCUCUUUCUAACAGCACGGGUAUUUGUGCUUCCUUAAAGAUGCAGUUUGUGAGUUAUAGAGCAGUUGCCAUGGAAACACUGACCCCACCUUUUCUGUUGAAACUGUCGUCUCUCUUGCGAGUUGGCUUUAAGAAAAUCAUGCACUGAGCGACUUCAUUCUGGUUGGGGAUGGGGUGUGUUUUUGGGCCAGAAAACUGCUUAAUACACAGAACCUCGACAGUAAUAUUAUGAAUAUCAGUUUUGCAAAGGUAUUAUUAUUACUUUUAUAUUAUUAUUUUUUUAAUUUUAGGAUUCAGAAAGCACAAGAACCCCUUAUUAAAAAUAAAAAUCAGACUUCUGAUUUUCUCCAUCACUAAGGUAUAAUUCUAAAUCAAGGUUUAUAAAGUGAAAUUAUGAAUUUCUUUUAGUAUGUCAAUUUUAUAACAAUUUAUUUGUAUUAUUUUACAUAAGUCAAGAACUAUUCCAGUUACCUAUUUGCACUUAAUUAUUAUAUUCUUACAAAUUGAAGAUUAUUUUUCUUUAUAUGUAAUUGAAACAAUGUCAUUCCCUGUUUUUCCUGUAUGGUUUUGUUACAGAUGAAUUCUCUGACUGUUAAAUUUCCUUAUAGAGAUGUGGGAUGGACUCUUAGUUCAGUCACCAACCCCUAAAACCAUCCUAAUGGCAAAGUGCACUUUCUCUAUGAGCAAUAUGGUAAUAUUAUGUUUAUAAUAAUAAGUGUUUUUCCCCUCUCUCCAUGAGCAGUAUUAGUUUCGAUUUUCUAUAAUAGAUUGCUUUCAGUUAAAGCCUGCCUCUUGUGUGCUGGCAUGGAGCUUCAGCAAUGUCUGUUAUAUAUAUUUUCCUUUUUGUAAAUGAAUUGUACAUACUGUGCAGGUGUUCAUUAAAGUAUUACCAUUUUUAUUUUCAUUAAUUUUAUAAAUAGACAAGGACCACUUUUAAAAGUCCUAACCAGCAUUUUUGUAAACCUAAGGUCUCCUAAAUCUGGCAGUGAAUGUAAGCCUGUAAUAAAACAACAUAGUGCUGAAACAGGAAGUAUUUGUAUUACAGUGUCUGAGGUGUUGCUAUUCAGCAGAACCAAAGAGAUUUUUCCAACUGUCACUGGCUCAGUUAACAGUAUCCAGACUGUCCAGACGCUACCUGACAAGAGCUGCUGUUACUCAGCCAAGUGCCUGACAGUGUGCUGGGUUAUUGUGAAUUAUGUGAAGCAGUAAAAUAGUUGUACAGAAGAAGGUGUCCGUGUGAUCAUUUUCUCUUUGUGAGUGUGAAGGUUUCCUGUUGCAGCAUAGGCCUGCUAAAGCAUUGUAUGUUAUUCAUAAUGAGGAAGAGCGUCAUGGGAUUUCCUUACAGCCCAAUCACAUACAUUAUACACUAUAUGUGAUCUUAAUCUUUUCAAAUGUUAAGUGAAUGUUAUCAUGUGAACAUGUACAUUUCAGUAUGUUAUGCACAGAAAUGCACUCAAGUAAAUAUCUUACAUCAUGUGAGCCAUAUGUUAUA